UGCUCUUUUGACAUGGUGCUGCGUGGAGACAUCUCUGCCUGCUGAAACCAGCUGAAACUCUGCUAAACCUUCAUUUUUUAUCAGAACUUUACUAUGUCGUAACAAAGAAACACGCCUGACUUACGAGUUAACUUUACGGUUAGGAAUCUCAACGCUAAAUCAGCUGUUUAAGCUUUAGCUAUAUCAAGCUAGCAUCAGCAUCAACAGUGUGGGCUAUGGCGUCGGUUGACAGCUUUGAGCUUUUGUAUAGAGAGAUUUCUAGAUCAUGCAAUCCUUACUUUGAAACCCUCGCCCUGGUCGGUGCCAUUUACACGGCCAGCAGGGCAGUAAUCCUGCUCAGAGGCUGCUGCUCUUUGGUCAGGGUGCAUUUUCUGCCCAGAAUAAUCCCCAAUAAGAAGAAGCUGAGCCAAAGGUUUGGAGACUGGGCCAUCGUUUAUGGUGCAUCAGAGCCGGUGGCCAAAGCCUAUGCAGAGGAGCUGGCCCGACAUGGCAUCAGCAUCAUCUUUGUCACUCAGAGCAACGCCUCCGUUAGAGACAUCGCUGCUUUACUCUCCCAAAGCUACGGGGUGGAAACUGUGGUCCUGCUCGCUGACUUCUCUUUGGACCAGGGAGCCAGCAGUGCCAUCAAAGAAGCCCUGAAGGGCAAAGAGAUCGGCUUCCUGGUGAACUGCGUGGCGUCUUUGGAUUCCCCUCAGAGCCUGAUGGAAAUGCCCGAGCAGGGCCUGCUGGAUCUGGUUAAUCAAAACGUUGCGGUGGCGACUCUGAUGACCCGGUUGGUGCUGCCUGGGAUGCUGGAGCGCAGCAGAGGAGCCGUGGUCAACAUAUCAUCGGGUGCCUGCUGCAAACCUCUGCCUGGAAGAGUGACACUCACUGCCUCUGCUGGCUAUAUGGAUCAUUUCUCAAGAGCUCUUCAUCUGGAGUACAGCGGCAAAGGAAUCUUUGUCCAAAGUCUGAUUCCUUUCCAGAUAAGUGAGCAACCACUAUCAUCAUCAUCACCGUCAUCACGACUCAACUGGUUUGAACCGCAGCCGGACGUCUACGCCCGGCACGCCGUCUCCACCCUGGGCGUCUCCAACAGGACCACCGGCUACUGGCCUCACACUCUGCAGUACGGACUGAUGAGACGUAUCCCAGACUUUAUUUGGGUUCUUGGAUCACGUGUGUGGAUCAGUUUAAGCUAAGAGCUCUCCUCUCCUGCCUCAAAUACAGACUUAACCCACUUACUGGAUCUCCUGGUUACAGAGUUUUAGUUUGCCAUUAGUCUAAAUUCAUUAAACGUGCAGGCUCAGUUAAGGUUGGUAGGUAAAGAUAAUCUCAUCUAUUUAUUUGGUUUCUAUAUUUAUUGAAGCUGCAGUGGAAUUUGCCUAAAUGAAUGAAUCAAUAUAUGGUCUGACAAAUGUGUGACAUCCUUUAAUUACCUAUAGACACUAGACAACCUUAUGAUACAUGUCAUGAAGGGAUAAUGUACCCUCAAAAUGAUCAUCUGUAUAUCAAAACCUCACCCUGUGUCACCUUGAAUUCUUAAAGCACAUGUUGUGUUUCUUGCAAGCCUCCAUGGUGAACACAAUACAAUCGGGGCCACGUUCAACAACUAGCAAAACUAUAUUCAACAAAUCAGUUUACAAACUCUUACACACCGUGUGCACUAUAAUCCAAGUGUCAUUCAUCCAGUUGUAUGCUCACUACUUCCUAAACACAUUUGUUUUAGCUUAAAUCGUUCUUUUUAAAACACUUCUGUAUAACAGUCUCUCUCUUAAGCAGGCACACUGCUCCGUCAGACAAGGCCUAGGUCAUACCAUUGUAUACUGAAUGUAUAAUUAUUCUAUUUUAUUAUAUCUAUGUAUUUAAAAAGGUUUCACACUGAUAUAGCUCAGUUUAGAAGUAUAGGUGAGUUUCAAAAACCUCAGCUCAAAUGUUACAUGAAAUAAACACAGCUAGGAAAAAGCAAUAAGAAAUCUGCCACCUUAAAAUAAACAAAAUCUUACUUCAGUUUUAUCCAAAGGGUUUACUUUGUGUGGGCUCAGAUGCUCCCUAUGUUGUUGUUUUGUGCUGACUUUCCAUUAUCUCUGCUUGUUCCACUGGUUACUGGUAUCUACGUACCACACCCACCGUAUAUAGGACGCGUUCAAAGACCAAAUGGCAUUUACCCAAAAACCAACCCGACAUCAUUCACAGCGAGAGAGACGGACUAAUGUCGUAGGAUAAUUCUGUCUCAGUGUUUUAGCGUGCAGAGCUGUAUUAAACAACAACGAUUAAUAGAGUUAUAAAUCUCAACGUGAUGUAGAGUGAGAUUGUGAUGUUUGUUUCGUUUAGAAACGGUAUUUGAGAUAUAUUUAGUAUGUGUAUAUAUUGCUCUAAAUUGUGGAUCUGUAAACAAAUCAAGAUGUGUUUUCUGAGUGGUUGCUUACACUUAUAACUCAAGUGUGUCAUCAUAAUACGAACAAACAAUAAAUAUCUUUCUCCACUC